UCUUGCCUUUCUCCAGAAUAUACUCCUAAACCAAUACUUUUUUGCUUCAACCCAAUUCAGAAAAACUCACAAUAUCACUAUGUCCAGCUUAGAAAACUCACUAUUCCAGCUAAAGUUUACUGCAAAACAACUCAACAGACAAGCUCAAAGAACUACAAAGGAAGAACAAAAAGAAAAAGCAAAAGUCAAAAAGGCAAUGCUUCAGGGCAAUAACGAUAUAGCUCAACUAUAUGCCCAAAAUGCUAUACGUAAAAGCAACGAACGAUUGAAUCUACUAAAACUCGCCUCCAGAAUUGAUGCUGUUGCAAGUAGAGUCCAAACUGCCGUUACAAUGAGACAAGUUACAGGUGGAAUGUCACAAGUUAUUAAAGGAAUGGAUAGAGCUUUACAAUCAAUGAAUUUAGAAAAAAUCUCACUUGUAAUGGAUAAAUUUGAAAACCAGUUUGAGGAAUUGGAUUCAACUGCUAAUUAUUAUGAAAAUGUCACUAAUGACGUAAGUGCUUUAACUACUCCACAAGAAGAAGUUGAUCUAUUAAUGAAUAAAAUAGCUGAUGAAGCUGGCUUGGAAAUUAAACAUAAUUUAAAUACCGUCAAAGUCGAUGAAGAAUCCUUGAAAGAAAAUGUAACCAAAGUUGAUGAAGAAAGAGAAAACAGAUUAACCGAAAGAUUAAGAGCCUUAAGAUCUUAAUUUUCGUCAAUUUCGUUAUUUUUUUAUCAAUUUUAUCAAUUUUAUUAUUAGCAUCAUGAUCGUUAUCAUCUUUAUGUUAAUAAUUAAGCCUCAUUUCUCUUUUUAUACUUCAUAUUAUCAAUCACUUUAUCUUAAUAUUACUUUUAAUCUAGAAGAAGGAC